AUGACAUGUUAUGAUAUAUUUGUCAUCAAAAACAAAUUUUCAUCUUUUUCUUCUUCUUCUAGUGACGAUCGCAUUCGUAAUGGUGCAAAAAAAUUAGCAAAAGCUCGAACAAUAACACAACAAGGUCGAUUGGAUUCAUUUUUUACUGUAUCUCGUACUGUUACUACAACAACACCAACUAUGAAAAAAGCCGAAGCAAAUAUUGCUACUAACAAAGGUCUCAAACGAAAAAAUGGUUUCACAAAUAAUACGACACCGAAAGAAAUUAAAAGUUUAAUAUUAACAAUGUCUUCGUCAACUUCAAAAGUUCAAACAAAAACUCAAGCUGCUAAUACACAACGUAAUGAAUCUAAAACAUUAACAUCUGGAUCUGUAAGUCUUCUAUACAAAAAACAUUAUUUUGCAAUUCAUCUUUAA